AUGCCUAUCUUCACCUCGCAACUUCUCGCUCGUGCUGUUCUUCUUUUUUCAGUCUCCCAAAUAACGCCUGUUGCCCUCGCAGCACCUCCUGCGCCCGAGAGCCUCUGGCAAAUCCAGCCCUCUCUGAACUAUAGCGACGUUCUUUACGCAGGAUGGGAUCAAAUUCCCGUUCAGAAAGAAAUUCAGAUCUACAACGGUGUGGCUGAGAACCGAACAUAUGCUCAUCACCCCGAGCUCUUCGCCAUUGGCUCCAAUGUUUUCCUUAUCUAUUCAUCUGCUCCCGUGGACGAAGACAGUAUGGGGCAAGACGUUUGGAUUUCAACUUCUAAGGACAGCGGAACCACAUGGAGUCCCGGGAGGAGUUUGAUGCCCGCCGCCUUGCUACCCAACCAGACGGAAACAUACAACUGGAAGUAUUGGUGUGAUCGCGGGAUCGUGCAACGCGCAUGGCAGGCUCUAUCUUUUGUCCAUCUUACGGACGGAGAACUGUACGCCAUUGGCCAAUCUGGGAGUCGUUGGUGCCCUGGGAGAUGGGUGUCUGCCGGUCGAAUUGCAGUCAAAAUUUCUCUCGACGGAGAAGCACUCGAGAAUCCCUGCUGGAUCGAGACAAAUGAGUACACAAAGUCGGAGCUGUACGCAGAAACCGUCUACGGCACUGAAUUCGGUAUGAAGAGGUGCCCUAGAGCUUGCGAAAUCAACACUGCUUUACGGAAGCCUGACGAAGCUCCCGCAUGGUCGCCUUGGCUGUACAAUACCGGACUGUUCGCCGCCGACGGCACGCAUCAGAUGGAAGAACAGACCUUCGCCGUAUGGCAUAACGACGGUGACUCGCCAACGGGAGGUUAUUGGCAGCGGCACUGGCGCGACAUCACGACUGAAAAGGACAAUACGCACUCUGUCUGGGUGGAGUACAACGAAGACCCAGAGGGAGAAGGCUGGUACCCCAAGGUGAAGAGCCAGACUGGCAAUGAGAUAUACCAGACCAACAUUCCAGACGCCAAAACAAAGCAAUUUCUUGGUCAAAUCCAGGAAAAUGGCGACAGGUAUCUUCUCUCGAACCCUCGCUACAACGCUGCAGACCCCCAACGCCAACCGUUGACGCUCGCGGUCUCUCGAGGAAAAGAUCAGACGUACCGGGCAAUUGGCGUAUUGCGUACUAAUGCGACCAAGGAAAUUGUACCAGAUACUCGCGAUGGGAUCAAGAAUCGGGCGUAUGGAUUCAGUUAUCCCACGGCGGUGCAGGUCGGUGACAAGCUGAUUGUCGCAUACAGCGAGAACAAGGAGAAUAUCUGGGUUAGCGUCGUGGAAAUAUCUUCGUUACCAAAGGAAUGA